AUGCUGUCGUGCAUCCGCCGAGGCGGGCAGUGCGUUGCAGCUGGGCGCAGCCUGCUGCGCCCCGCGGCGUCCCAUGCAUCGGCAGGCCCUCCUGCCGCCAAUCGGGUCAAGGCCAAGCUGCUGGCAGGCGAGCCGGCGCGCGGGCUGUGGGGCAUGCUGCCCUCCCCGGAGGCCGCCCGCCUGCUCGCCCGCAUCCCGGGCCUGGACUGGGUGGUCAUCGACAUGGAGCACGGGCCGAUCGACCUCCACUCGAUGCACCGAAUCACUGCAUCGUUGAUCGAUCGCCCCGGAGGCCCCGUGCCGAUCGUUCGAGUGCCGAUUGGCACGGCGCCGCACGUCAAGCGCGCGUUCGACGCGGGGGCGAUGGGCGUGGUGGUGCCGAUGGUGAAUGAUGCGUCCCAGGCUCGGGAUGCCGUGCAGGCUUGCAAGCUGCCGCCGGCCGGCGUCCGCAGCUUCGGCUCCCCGUGGGCGCCUCUGGGCCUUGGCGACGGGGACACGGUCGAGCACGUGAAAUCCGUCAACGACUCAACGCUCGUGAUCGUGCAGAUUGAGAGCGCGGAGGCGAUGAGGAAUUUGGAUGAGAUUCUGUCGGUGGAGGGGAUCGACGUGGCGUUGGUUGGGCCCAUAGAUCUUUCGAUCUCACUGGGGUUGGAGGAGCCCAGCCCCGACGGGGGGGACCCCAGGCUUGUGAAGGCGCUGGAGGAGGUGCUGGAGGCGGGGGAGAGGCACGGUGUGGCGUGUGGUAUUUAUUGCAAGGACGGGGUCAAUGCGGCGGAGAGGAUUCGACAAGGAUUCAGGUUCGUCAACGUGGCGAACGACGCGCUGGGCCUCGUGGCCCACGUGCAGGAGCAGCUGGAGGCGGCGCGGUGA